AUGGCCCCUAGUGUCAAAGAACUCCAGAAGACUACUGAUUACCUCAAGGCCAAAAUACAAGAUGCUCAUCAAAGCACAGCUGUUGCUGAAAACCUCAUAUCUAUAUGGGCAGGACGCUUGUCCUUGGGCUUCCUCUCCCACUUCAGUCAACCUAUUUCCAUGGCUUCUUAG